AUGGCCUCCACCGAUACCAUUCUGCAGGGCGUCAGCAUCCUCGGCGCCGUCCAGGAGGAGCACCGCAAGAUCCUGACCCCCCAGGCCGUCGCCUUCCUGGCCCUGCUGCACCGCUCCUUCAACGGCACGCGCAAGCAGCUGCUGGAGCACCGCAAGAUCCGCCAAGCUGAGCUGGACAAGGGCGUUCUCCCAGAUUUCCUGCCCGAAACUAAGCACAUCCGCGAUAAUGCCACCUGGAAGGGUGCACCACCGGCACCGGGGCUGGUGGACCGCCGUGUCGAGAUCACAGGCCCGACGGAUCGCAAGAUGGUUGUGAACGCAUUGAACUCGGAUGUCUGGACCUAUAUGGCUGAUUUUGAGGACUCCUCCGCGCCGACAUGGGAGAAUAUGAUCAACGGCCAGGUCAACCUGUAUGAUGCCAACCGGAGACAGGUGGACUUCAAGCAAGGCAGCAAGGAGUACAAGCUGCGCACGGACCGGACGCUUCCCACACUCAUUGUUCGCCCUCGUGGUUGGCACCUCGACGAGAAGCACGUCACGGUGGACGGCGAGCCCAUAUCGGGAUCACUCUUCGACUUUGGCCUGUACUUUUACCACAAUGCCUUCCAGCUGGUGAAGCUGGGCUUCGGCCCUUACUUUUACCUGCCUAAGAUGGAGUCGCAUCUCGAGGCGCGGCUGUGGAACGACGUCUUCAACCUAGCACAGGACUAUAUCGGCAUGCCCCGCGGCACCAUCCGCGGCACGGUACUGAUCGAGACCAUCCUGGCCGCCUUUGAGAUGGACGAGAUCAUCUACGAGCUGCGCGAUCACUCGAGCGGGCUCAACUGCGGCCGCUGGGACUACAUCUUCAGUGUCAUCAAGAAAUUCCGCCAGAACAGCAACUUUGUCCUUCCCGAUCGCAGCGCCGUCACCAUGACCGUCCCAUUUAUGGAUGCAUAUGUCAAACUGCUCAUCCAGACCUGCCACAAGCGCGGAGUACACGCCAUGGGCGGUAUGGCCGCCCAGAUCCCCAUCAAGGACGACAAGGCGGCCAAUGAUAAGGCCAUGGAUGGUGUGCGGGCUGAUAAGCUGCGGGAGGUGCACGCAGGACAUGAUGGAACUUGGGUCGCCCAUCCUGCCCUGGCACCUAUCGCCACCGAGAUCUUCAACAAGAACAUGCCGACGCCCAACCAGCUCUUCAAUCGCCGCGAGGACGUCAGCAUCGGACAGAACGACCUGCUGAACAUGAAUGUACCAGGAAAGAUCACCGAGGAGGGCAUCCGCAAGAACCUCAACAUUGGUCUCGGCUAUAUGGAGGCCUGGGUCAGGGGCGUCGGAUGUGUCCCCAUCAACUAUCUCAUGGAGGACGCUGCGACGGCUGAGGUGUCUCGGAGCCAGCUCUGGCAGUGGGUCCGCCACGGCGUGACCACCGCCGAGGGCAAGCGCGUCGACAAGGCCUACGCGCUCAAGCUUCUCAAGGAGCAGGCCGACGAGCUUGCCAAGAAGGCUGGCCAGGGCAACAAGUUCCACCUGGCUGCACAGUACUUCUCGGGCCAGGUGACGGGCGAGGACUAUGCCGACUUUUUGACUUCAUUGCUUUAUAACGAAAUCACUACCGUGGGGAACGCCGCGCCUGCGUCAAAGCUGUGAGCCGUCCAAGGGACACGAAACGAACCCUCUUGAAAGCCACUGAAACGAGGAUCUGCCGGCGUGGCUUUUUUUCCUUGACGGUUUCCUCCCCGAUAUGUGGUUCUCUGAUUUAGCAUUAUUGUACUGUACAAUCAUUCCAAGCCAUAUUCGUCAUGAUGUGUUGUGAAGGGGGUGUGUAAUUGUGUGUGUAUGUGCCGAGAAACGGGAGGGAAGCCAAAGAGAAACAGAAUGACAAUUACUUUUUUUUUUUCCUGUCUUUUUCUUCCCCAAAGGAAAAACCAACAAAAAGACUUCACUACUG